AGCCCGUGUCCUCGCGGAAGCGUUCUUAACCCCUCCCCACCUUUUCUGACCCAUCGGAGACGCCGUAGCCCACGCUCCGACUGUGAGGUGGCCCGGGCGGAAGUGACGAUCCGGAGCCGCGGGAUUCAAACUCCCGGAAGCGGGGCUGGUCCGGCCGGAGCAGCUGCUGCCCGCCGCGUGCUUGAAGAUGAACUCCAGGACGGCCAAAGGUAUAAUUACUGGCAAGUGGGGCUUAAAGUCGGGGAGCUCCAGAGCCGAGAGUGAUCUCGGGAAGUACAAGCAGGAGAGCUCAUCCCUGAGAAAAUCGGCGGGGGAAGACGCGGCUGGGACCAGCGGGAUGCCCGACCCGGAGAGGAACCGGCUGCUGGAGAAAAUACUUUCCCUUGAAAAAGAAAAAGAAAAACACAAACAUCUUCUUGGAGAGAAGGACAAAGAAAUCCAAAACCUGAAAGACAAGCUUAAAUCUAAAAACAAGAAUAGUGAAGUCUCCUUGUUACAAAGUCAACUAGAGGAAAAGAAAAAGGAAGCAGAAAGGAGAGAACAGUUACUUCAUUCCCUAUCGGAAGAAAUGAACCGGUUAAAAUGUAAUCUGUCUGCUGUUACUGCAAAAUGUUCUGAGCUUGAAAACAGAGGCAGUACUACUCAAGCAUCCCAGGAUGCUGUAACAAACAGCACUGGAUCAAUGACUAAUCUUUAUGAAGUUGAAAAACAACUGAAAGAUGCUCUUGAGAAAAACCAACAGUGGCUAUUGUAUGACCAGCAACGUGAAGCAUACGUCAGGGGGCUGCUUGGAAGAAUCUUUGAACUUGAACAGAAGUCAGAAACAGUUAGCCAACAAGAAUCCAAAGAAUUCAGUUCAGAAGAUCAUCUACAGGAGGAAAAGCAAAAAUAUGACCAGCUGUUACUAAGCGCUAAGAGUGAUCUUGAGGCUGAAAGACGCACUAUAACUCAGCUGAGAUCUGAACUCAACGAAUUCAAAAAUAAAUAUGAAGAAACACAACGAGAAAUAUUGAGUUUAAAUGCCUUAUUGCAGUCACAACAGAGUGCUGAAAUGAAGACUCUAGAAAAUGAAAUUAAAGGAGAGAAAGUGCAGAGACUAAAACAAGAAAAUGAAACUAUUAAAGGACAGCUCAGAGAGGAAAAGAAAAAGUCUGAAGAUCUUGUAUGUCAGGUGCAACUUCUUAGUAAAUCAUUACUCAAACAGCAGGAGGAACACAGCAGGAUAGCUUUGUUGGAACAACAGAUCCAAAUACGCACCACAGACUUUGAGAAUGAAAAGCUUGAUCGCCAGAACUUGCAACAUCAGUUAAACAAAGUCCUUAAGGAGCUGCGCAAGGCCAGGGAGCAAAUAAGCCGUCUGGAACCUCUGAAACUCCAGGUAUCUGGAUGUAUCGAAUCACAAGAAGAUUUGCAAGCUGUGUUUGAAGAGAAGCUGACCACAUAUGACAGAAGUCCUCCCCUGAAACAUUCAAGCCUUCUUGAUGAAAGUUUUCUCGAGUGUCCCAAAUGUCAAAUGCAGUAUCCAACAAGCCAGCACAGAAAAUUAGUAGCACACAUUGACUAUUGUACAGCCUGAGUUCCAAAUGGACUUACUCUAUUUGCUUUAUACACAUUGCCAAUAUGCUCUUCUACAAAGGUAAAAGAUCUUUUUAAAGCUUGUUUCUUAAGGUUGUAUGAAGGACUGGUAGUUUUGUAAUUCAGUUCCACAAAAAUGUUACAGUAAUCUUUUCAGCCUCAAAUAUUUUACCUGACGUUUUUGCAAGAAACAGGUUUGGUUGCAAAUGGAAAGAUUUUUAGAACUAGGAAUAUCUUAAAAUAGUAAACUACUGACUUUUUUGCACUAUUAAAAAUGAGAACAGUGAAAGCACACCUAUUGUGUCAGACUUUAUUUUAACGUUUGGCAUAUCCAGUUUCUGUUCGGUGAAUCCUGAUGAUUGUGCUUGUACCUUAACUGACAGUAAUAGCUGCAAAAGAUUUUUGGCCCUAGUUGGUGUACUAUAUAUAUUUAUAUAUACAUGAUGUGUGUAUAUGUAUAGUGUGUAUAGCAUAUAUAUAUAUAUGUAUCACAUACAUGUUUAAUGUAUCACCAUCUUGAUACAUUAAAACUCAGGAGGCUCAUAUUAAAAGGUCUUUGUUGGUUUAGAUACAUGUUGAAAACAUAAAUCAUAAGUCGCUUGUUUUCCCGAACCACAGUCAGGGUGACUUGGAGCUCAUAUAAAAAUGCUGACCAAGGUUUAAGGUCUUCUCAGAAAAACGUCAUUUAGAACACAAAUUUCCUAGCAAAUACAAACUUCCUUGGUACUGAAAAAAGCUUGCAUUGCAGACAAUGUCAGAGACCAUUUUCAAGUUUGCAUAUAGAAUUAUGCUGAAGAAAACUUGCUUGCACUUCUGUAUUUUAGGGGUUUAAGGUGAGAAAUGUCAGUUAUUCAGUGUUACAUUUGACAAAUAGCCCAGCUUAAAAGUGCAGUUUUUAAUAAAUUGCUCUGUGGAUUUGAAGUGUCACAGUAUUUCAGUAUUUCCAGAAAAGAAGAUAGCAAUAAAGUCUUGCAACAAAUUAGAAACUGGCAAAAAAAUGCCUUAUAGAUUUGUAAUGACAGCGCUAUUUUCCUCCAGUGCCUGUUGUAACCUCGAAUCUGUUGCUAGCGUUUUGUUCCUUGCACCUGCAGUGAAGUCCAACAAGCAGUUCCUUCUACAAAAGUUACUAAAGUGAGGACAUUUUACAAAGAUACACUAGGUAAGAUAAACUUGUAAAAGAAGCAAAUUUAUAAUUUGCUGAGGACAGUGAAAUACCCAAGGUCUAUCUUUCUCUGGUAUACUGAUUCUGAUAGCUAACUAAUAUCAUGCUUUGCUGUAAAACUGCAUGCAUUUAUCUCAUAAUGUUCACCCUAAUUUCUGAUGGUUAAAUGUUAUUCUUAAAUAUGAGGGUGUUUUCCAAGUUGAUUUCAAUAACUUAUAAUACCAAGUGAUGUUGUUAUUGAUUUAAAUCCAGUGUUUGUGAGACAAAAAAUGUUAAAUGCUAUUGUCUUUAUAUCUGAAUUAUCUUUGCCAAAUGUAUUGUAUUAACCACUAUCAAUGUUUCAGUUUCACUGACAAGGUCUCAGGCUAAUUUUUGUGUUUGACAAUUUGCUUGGUUGUAGCAACAGGUUUUUUGACCAAAGAUGAACUAAGAAGUAAAACAGAAAUUGUGCUUUAGAAUAUCAAGGUUUUGCUGUGAUGGAAAUUGCCUUAACUUCAUGUCUUUUUAAGCACCUUUUAAAUUCAGGAUAAUAACUAUGCUUUUCAUUGCAGCCUAAUAAUUUUAAUCUCUAAUUAAACUACUUUUGGAAGUUUAA